GAAGUUGAUUCUGCGCAUGCGUAUUGACUUCCAGAGCUAGCGCUUCACAUGAUCAAUAACCUGUGAGCGCCCGUUUGCGGUUUCAAUCUCCAAAAGGUUCUUUCACGUUACUGCAGCCAUGGUGUGCAUCCCCUGCAUUGUCAUCCCUGUUCUGUUGUGGGUCUACAAAAGGUUCCUGGAGCCCUUCAUCUACCCUUUCAUUUCACCCUUCAUCAAUACAUUCUGGACUAAAAAAGCUGUGCACGAGUCCGGCACUGGUGACCCAGCUAUGGGUGAGAGUUGUAAUAGGACAUCCAAGGAGCUCGAUCACAAUGUAGAGGUUACAGCCAAUGGAUCCACUGUAGCGGGCGAUAAGAAGACAGACUGAUCAUUCUAACUGGUUGUAAUAUCACAUCGAUACAACUGUAAAGAUUUCCAGAUACCGCAUUCAUAACGUUCCAGGUGGCAUGUAGUAUAUUAUUAAUUUUGUCACAAUAUUGUUAAAUAUUAUAUUUUUUGUCAAGAUCAAACAUGAUGUUAAAGUUAUGAAGAAAAUAAAUUAUGUAUAUAGAGUGACUUAAUAAAUGUGUAUUAAUUUGAGACUUGUCAUGAAAUGAAAGAAACAAAAUGUCCUAAAUAAACAGUAUUUUGGACUACUUUAAACAUCA